AUGCCCAUCCACAACUCUCUCAGAGGUGCGAGUACCGCCGCCCGCCGAUUCCGCGGGCCUUGGGCAGCGGCUUCCGCAUUCUCGUCAACUCCGCGCCGCCUGCUGCUCCUUUCCUCCGCUUUAUUCGGACUUGUAGCGCUCCUGCGCUUCUCCCCGCACUCCGCGCUUGACAUCCGCCUGCGGUAUCGCGCUAGUAACGAGCAGAGCUCCUCCUCUUCUCAUAUUACGCGGGAUUACAGAAACAACGCGGAACAAGCGCCAUGGGUGGAGGCGGAGACAUCUCCGAAACGGCUGCGCAAAUCCGUUGGUUAUGAGGUGAAUCCCGGCUAUGUGCCGGGCGAAUGGAGGGAAGGCAACAGCCGCGAAGGGCGGCGGAAACUUCGCCGAGAACUGCUGUAUGUGGAGUGGCGAGCGCGCGUCAAUGCGCUUUCCGCGGAGCGGGCGGAGAAUGGGCCGUGGUGGGCGCGGGGGGAGUGGAGUUGGGCGGAGAAGGGGGAAGCGGAAGAGAGUGGGGAGGAGUGGAGAAUGGAGGAGGAGCAGUGGGUGCGGGAAGAGAGAGAGGGAAAACUACAGGAUAUGCCGACUGGAGGGAAUGAGGGAGGGAGUGAGGGAGGGAGUGAGGGAGGGGAUGAGGGAGGGAAUGAGGGAGUGAGUGAGAAUGAGGGAAGUGAUGACGCAUUACUGCUCGCACCAGGAGCUGCAAUGGCUGAGUUAGCAGAUCAGAAUGAUGAGUCAGCAGAUUACAGAUAUGAGUCAGCAGAUGACAAAAACGAGUCAGCAGGUGACAGGGAUGAGUCAGCAGGUAACAGUGUACUAGGGAGUUCAGAUACUGAUGGGAGACUGGCUGUGGGAAAGGGGGAGUUCGGAGAAAGGGAGGAGGGAAAAGAGGAGGAGGGAGAAGAGGAGAGAGAAGAGGAGGAGGGAGAAGAAGAUGAUGGAGAAGAGGAGGGGGGAGAAGAGGAGGAGGGAGAGGAGGGGGGGGGUGACGAUUACAAUAGCGAUGAAGAGCGGGGCGAGGAGGAGAAGGAGGGACUAGGGGAGGACGAGGAGGGUGAGGGGGAUGAGGACGGUGAGGAGGGUGAGGAGGGAGAUGGGGGAGAUGGGGGAGAUGGGGGGGCAGGAGAGGGGAGUCAACCGAGUCAACCGAGUCAGCCGGCACCAGCGCCUGGUGCUGCUGCAGGCGACUCCGUUAAAGAAGCAGCACAAGGUGCAUUAGAUGUGCCCCUACCUGAGGUGACUGAAACGGGGGAUGCUGCAGCUGCAGAUGUGCCUGUGUCUAAGGCGCCUGUAAAAGGGCUACCGGGAGGGUCGCAUGGGCUUCCGAACUGGGCAGUGAUGGUGAUGCAGCGGGAGAAGUGGGAGGAGGAGGCGGAGCGGGAGGAGGCGCGCGAGAGGGACAUUGAUGAUGCUCGUGUGGCGCUGGCGCCGCUGCUGGUGGCGAUGCGGGGUGAGAGUGCGUCGGGCGAGGAGGGGUCGAGGGGGGAGGAGAGGACGAGGGGGGAGGAGAGGGAGAGCGGAAAUGAGAGGGAAAAAGGGGUGGGGGAGAGGGGGAAGGAAGAGGAGGAUGUGGAGCAAGAGCGUAUUUAUACAGGACCUCUUAAUAACGAACAGUUUGGUGCUGCUGCUGCCCCUGGUGCGAGCGUGGAUAUUUAUGCUGGUGGUACAGUGUUGCGCGAUGGGCUUGUGGAUGCUAACGAUGCAGCCAGUAACGAGGAUGGGGAUGGGGAUGGGGAUGGUCAAGGGGAGAAGAGCGGAGGGAGGGAAGGGGUGAGAACGAGUGGAGAGGGGGGUGAGGAAGUGAAGAGGGGAGGGAGGGGUGAGGAGACAGCAGGAGGAGAGGUGGUUAUACCCGAUGCCAGCAGGGGCAGAGGACAGCACAUGAAGGUGCGACCUAGAUGGGUUGGGUCAGAUAUGGGUGCGUUGGGGAGGCAGAAGAGGUUCGGUGGCAAGGAGUGGAGAGGGGCGGCGCAGGGUGGGAGGAGGGAAGAGUCAGGGGAAGGAAGGAGGGGAAUGAAGGGGGAGAAGGAAGGGGAGGGGGAGAAGGAGAAGGAGAUGGAUAGAGACGGUGAAAGAGGCAGAAUGGGACGGCUGUUGAGGGGUUUGGAUGUGGGCGAGGAGGGAAGUGGGGAGGCGGGUGGUGGGGGCGAAGGGGAUGGGGAGGAUGGAAGGGGAGAAAGGAUUGAUCAAAGAAGAGGAAGAACAGUGGGUGCGAGUGAGGGAAUGAGUGAGGGACUGGGCGAGGGAGUGAAUACAGGAAUGAGUGAGGGAGGGAGUGAGGAAAGAGAGGGAGUGGGCAGGGAAGAGGGAGCGAGAGGGGGAGAGGGAAUAAGCAAGAGAGCAGAGGAGGUGAGAGGAGAGGAGGUGAGAGGAGAGGAGGUGAGUGUGGAGGAGUUGAAGCGGCGAGUGGGUUUACUGGUGUGGCCCAUGCCGGCACUGAUAGCAGCAGUGGGGCGUCAAGAGGCCGCCAUCAGCCCCCUGCUGCAGCUCUCCCUGUUGUUGGGGGGGAGGGGGGCAGGGACGGGCGAGGAGGAGGAAGAGGAGGGUGGCUGUGAGUGGAGCAACGAGGAGGGCGGUGAGUGGGGCAGUGAUUAUGCUGGCUCGUCACGUGUGCGGCAGCAAGAUGCAGCACAGAAGGCGUCAAGGGAGGCAUCAAGGGAAGCAGCAGGGCGGGCUUUUGAGGCGCCUCAAAAGUCAUAUGAUGGCUCGUCACGUGUGUGGAAGCGAGAUGCAGCACAGAAGGCGUCACAGGAGGCAUCAAGGGAAGCAGCAGGGCCGGCAGCAGGGCAGGAAGCGAGGCGUUCAUCACAGCAGGCAGCAGGUCGUGCGGUUCUGUGUGCUGCCUUCCACCGCUUCCUCUCCUCCUUCCUCGCCCCCCACCGCUCCCUGCCCGCCCUCGAGACCGCACACGGGGGAGGGGGAGGGGCCGGGGGAGCGGGGGGGGGAGGGGGCGGGGUAGGGGGCGGAGGAGGAGGGGGAAGGGGAAGGGGAGGGGCAGGGGCUAUGGGAGUGGGAGGUGGAGGGGAAGGUGGAAAGGGAGGGCAAGGGCAAUCAUUGCUCGCCAGGUGUCGCAAGCUGGUUGGACGGCUGGGCCAUGGCCCUGUCUCGUGGUGGCUGAGGCAGGUGGUGCUGGCCACGUGGCAGCUGUUCACUGGCUGGGAGGAGAGGCCGUUGCGGGGACAUGGGAAGGAGAGCAGCUUCAGCGGCAGUGGGGGCAGCGGCAGUGGGGGCAGGAUGGGGCAGGGGAGCAGAGGGAGCGAAUCAGCGAGGGCAGUGCUCCUUUUGGACUCUCUACACAUUUCUGUGGCCCGAAAUGAGGAAGAGCUGGAGGUGGGGGCAGACGAGAGCUACGUGCUCACUGUGGGGGGUGCUGCACCUGGUCAUUCGUCGUCAGCAGUGAUCAGAAUCCAUGCUAACACAACAGUGGGAGCACUCAGAGCACUGGAGACGUUGAGUCAACUGGUUCGCUGGCACCCUGCCUCCCGCCUGGCUCUGCUGCAGGGCGUGCCUCUCACCAUCCACGACCGCCCCCGCUUCCCCCACCGAGGGUUGCUGCUGGACACGGCAAGGCACUUCCACCCCGUCCCCUUUAUAGAGCGACUCCUGGACUCCAUGUCGUAUGCCAAGCUUAAUGUGCUUCACUCCCAUCUUGUGGACUCAGAGGCCCUCCCCAUCGAAACGCCCUCCUUCCCGCGCCUCUGGAAGGGCGCCCACUCGCCCCACGAGCGCUACUCGCUUGCUGACAUGGGGCAUGUUGUGGGCUACGCAGCAGCGCGCGGCAUCGUUGUCAUUCCUGAGAUCGACCUGCCAUCACACUCCACGGCAUGGGGAGUGGGCUAUCCGGCCCUGCUCCCGGCCGUCAAAUGCACCGAGCCUCUCGACGUCUCAAAUGAGUUCACCUUCCGAGUCAUACAGGGGGUGCUCACAGACCUCCGAUCAGUCUUCCCAGGGCGGACAAUCCACAUUGGAGGGGACGAAGUGAAUGCAGGGUGUUGGACCUCUGUUCCGCACAUCUACAAGUGGCGGAAGGAGCACAGGAGGACAGUGAAGGCGUCUAUUGCCUACUUUGUGAACCGCGUGCAGGCCAUUGCAGCCCAGCUCGGGUGGACCACAACCGUUGCUGGAAACCGAUCACCUGCCCAACAUGGCAGCAUGGGGGUUCCGCAUCAUCCACACGAAUGCCGGGGGCAACGUCGGAGAAUCGCCAAGAAGGAGCGCUGGGAGCGGGUGGAACCUCUCUUCUGCCCCAUCCCUGCCUGUUUCUUUCCCUUGCUUCUCACCCCACCUGUCCUCUCGUCUUCCUCUGACCAACCCACCCGUCCCAGGCUGAAAACCGACCAGCUGCCCAACAUGGCAGCGUGGGGUUUCCGCAUCGUUCACACGAAUGCGGGGGGAGGGUGGUACCUGGAUUCGCUACAGUCCCGCUGGGAGCAUGCUUAUAGAGAGGAUCCCGCUAACCUGGUGCUGCAGGUGGAACGGGAGAGGAUGGAGAGCGAGGAGGAUGGUGGGGAUGUGUGGAGUGGGGACGGGGGGAGUGGUGGUGAGUGGAGUGGGGAGGAGGGUUGGAAUUCAGGCAGAGAGGAGGGGGGUGGGCGUGUGGGGAGUGGGGAGGAGGGUUGGAAUGUGGGGGGAGGGGAGGGGGGUGGGGAUGUGGAAGGGAGCGGGAGUGGGAGUGGGAGGGGGAGUGGGAGGGGGAGGGGGAGGGGAGGGGGAGGGGGAGAGACCCCCACUGCGGUUCUGCUGGAGCGGCUGCGAGGGAGGUGGAGAGUGGAGGAGUUGGGGGGUGCAGGGGCGAGAGGGGGAGGGGAUAUGGGAGGGGGUGGAGAUGGGGAUGUGAAUGGCGGAGUUGAGUCGGGCAGUGGGGGGGGCAUGCAGAAGAUGGGAGGAGAAGAAGGUGAAACGAGGGGGGGGAGGGGAGAGGAUGGAGGGGGAGAGACACUGAGACGAGAAGCAGGGGAGGAGCAGCAGGGAGGAGAGCAGGGAGGGGGGAAAGAAAGUAACAUGGCUGUAGGCAGAUGGGAGGGGGGCCAAGGCGAGCGAGGGGAGGAGCAGCAAGGAGGAGAGCAGGGAAGAGGGAAAAGAAGUCACAUGGCUGUGGGCGGAUGGGAGGGGGAUCGAGGCGAGCGAGGGUUGGGGGGGGAUGAGGGGAAGGGAAGGGACACGUCAGCAGGGGCUGGAGUGAGGAGAAGGGUCCUGGAGUGGGCAGGAGAAGGGAGGGAGGUGAGGGGGGAGAGACAAGAAGGGAGGAGGAGAAGCGGAGAAGGGAAGAGGAGAAGAGGAGGCGGUGGGAGGAGCUUGAGGAGUUGGCAGAGAGGGUGGUGGUGGGAGGGGAGGUGUGUUCUUGGAGUGAGAGGAUCGACCCCUCUCAACUCAUGGCAACAGUCUGGCCACGUGCUGCUGCCGUAG